UGUCUAUCUCUAACGGCCAAACUAGGCGUGGCACUUCACUAACGUCGUUCGUUUCAGCGGUCCCCUGGUGUGUCCAGAAGGCUCUUGUCGCGGGAAAUUAAUAGUGAUGUCGAGCAACUACGAGCAGGCUCCUGGGGUUUGUUUACCGAGAUGCACCCUGUACCAGCACUACUUGGACAACUGCCGCCGCAACCACUGGAACCCAGUUGGAGCUGCUGCAUUUGGAAAGUUGAUUCGACUCCGGUUUCCCAAAGUCACGACACGAAGGCUGGGGACUAGGGGUCAGUCAAGGUAUCACUACUACGGCAUCGGCGUAAAAACGACGUCCAUCUACUACGGCCAGGCCUACUGCGGGAAAAACAUUACGAGGCAAGAUUUCCGGCGCUUCGUAAAAGUGAAAAUUUGAGUAUAAACAUUCUGCUAAGAAGAACGCACUUUCGUUUCCUACAGAU